UAUAUAUACUUUGUGCCAGUCAAAUCAAAACUUGACUCAUAUAUUAUAUAUAAUACUACGUACAUGAAGCAACUGUAUGGCUGAUCCGUAUGGCAACGUGCCCAAAAGCGACGAACAGCCAUCCGAUUCCAACCCACCUUUCUUUAUUCAACUUCCUCCCACCACCAGCACCUCCUCCUCCAUUGUCAAUGAUCUUCAAGACCUCUCGGGCCUCCGUUCUCCGACCGGUGGUGGAUCCGUUUCUUCUUCGCCAAGGGGCAGACACCCGCUUUACCGAGGGAUCCGGAGCCGGAGCGGGAAAUGGGUGUCCGAGAUAAGGGAGCCGCGUAAGUCUACUCGGAUAUGGCUUGGCACGUAUGCGAUGCCCGAGAUGGCCGCCGCGGCGUACGACGUGGCGGCCAUCGCGCUCAAAGGGCCUGAUACGGCCCUCAAUUUCCCCAGCGCCCUAAUUACCUAUCCGAUCCCGACUUCUUCGGCGGCCAGUGACAUAAGGGCUGCGGCGGCUAGGGCAGCCGCGUCUAGGGCGGAGGUCAUUAGGCAGGGAGAGAGCUCAUCGGCGGGUGGGGUUGAAAAUGUGGAUAGGUCAGGUGGUGGUCGUGGUCGUCGUGCUGCGGUGACGUCAGAUGACGGUGGUGGUAGUCAGGAGUUUAUGGACGAGGAAGCGCUGCUGAAUAUGCCGAAUUUGCUGGCGGACAUGGCGGAGGGAAUGCUGGUGAGUCCUCCGAGAGGACCCGCUAAUGAUUCGCCAGAAAAUUCGGACGGAGAAAGUCUGUGGAGCUAUUAAUCAUCUGAGGCCGUAUCGAUCUCAUUCAAAUGGCAUGGAAGGUGUCACAGUGAUCAACUCUAUUCGGAUCGAAAUCGGGGGUAUGAAUUAUGAUCAUAUAUACAUAUGAUUGAUUUGCAUUAUUAAUAAGCAGCUCUUAAUUAGCUAAUCAAGAACUGGGUGUCGCAGAUGUUUUUCUUUUUCUUUUUGGCUUUGGCUGGAUGUAACAAUUUCUGUCGGAGUUUGAGUUUCUUUCUGUGUGUUUAUGUUGGCCGGAUCGAUCCAUGGUCGAUCAUUGUGGGUCUGAAAUAUUGCUGCAGUCAGCUGCUUCCUAUGUACUGCUUCUUUUUGCAGCUGAUUAGUCUGUAGCUAUUAUUGCUCACUGCUUCUGCUUUUGCUGGUAUCCUUUCAUGAUUCAGUUCUCGAUAAUCUAUCUCUUUAUCAUUUGCAGCAGCUGCCAUACUAUCUUCUACUACCUUAUCAUAUCUAUAUAUCUGA